AUGGUUGUAUAUCCAUGUCGACAAGAUAUGGAGUUGAGUCCGCUUUGCUCCAGAGCAAAGUGCUCUCUUACAAAACAACGGUUACUUAGAUUGUAUUAUGCUGCUUCUUCGGCAGUGAUGUUGGAAGACCCUGUGUUUGAUGUAAGUCCUAGAGUAGAUUAUGCCAAUGUAAUGGUCAAUUUUGGAAGAAACAGCGUGAGACCUUCAAUUCUUCAAAGAAAGCGUAGUUUAUUUCCUAUAGUUGUCUCGGUGAUUAAAACCUCAAAUUGGGAGGCUGAACUUGCAAAAGAUAAAAUGUUCUGGAAAGCUGAAGGCCAAGUUCGAUACAUUCAAAUUGUUUCUGACUUUGUUAGAUUCACCUCAGCAUGUGGAACGAUCAAUUGUGUGUGUGACAUGCUUAUAAAAGUACUUGCAUCCUAUUCCAUGCUUGAUGAUUCAUUUGAUGUGUUCAUGAGAAUUAAGCAUUUGGGGUUUGAACCUGGUGUAUUUUCAUGCAAUUUCUUGUUGAAAUGCUUGGUAGAAACAAACAGGGUGGAGUUGGUUGGAAAAUUAUAUGAAGAGCUAAAAAUCUCAGGUCCAUCACCAAAUAUCUACACCUAUACAAUUAUGAUGAGCUUCUACUGUAGAGGAGAUUGUGGGCAGGAUGUAGAUAUUAACCAAGCAACUGGGAUUUUUGAAGAAAUAUUUAGGAGUGGGGAAAAUCCCACCGUUUUCACAUAUAGUAUUUAUAUUCGUGGACUUUGUAAACUUGGUUCUGUUGCUGCCGCUCUGCAAUUUAUUCGUGAAUGUAGUUCACGAAGCUUUGCAAGUCUUGCAAGAAAUGCGGAGCUUAGGAGUAUUGCCCGAUGUUUGCAGCUACAGUAUAUUAAUCCAUGCAUUUUGCAAAAAGGGGAUAUAGAAAAAGGUCUUGACUUGAUUGAGGAAAUGGAACUCUAUAAUUUAGAACCAUCCAUAAUUAGCUAUACCUCCCUUAUCUAUGGUCUAUGCAAGAGUAAGUUGAUGGAUGUUUCAAUGUCUAUGUUUCGGAACAUUGGUGCUUUUGGAUGCAAAUUUGAUCAUGUUGCUUAUGAAACUUUAAUCAAUGGAUUUUGCUGUGGAGGUGAUAUGGAUUCAGCCAAAAAGCUUAUGGAGGAGAUGAUUGCUAAUGAUCUGGCUCCUACUUCUUUUGGUUUCCAGAGUAUAAUUGGAGGAUUCUACAAACUGGGACUCUUAGACAAGGCAUUGGAAGCUUUAUAUUCCAUGCUUCAAGGCGGUGUCUUGCCAAAUACCAUCACUUGCAAUUUUAUUAUUGAUGGACUCUGCAGAGAAGGCCGUUUCAUGGAAGCCUUGACACUACUGGAAAGGUUCCAAGACCAAGGAAUUGACCUAAACUCACGUUCAUAUAAUGCUGUCAUCUACAGGCUGUGCAAGGGAAGACAUUUAAAAAGGGCAUGGGAGCUCCUUCCAAGAAUGAUGAAAAGGAAUGUACUUCCAGGAGUUGUUAAUUAUACAACUCUCAUAGAUGCUUUUGCCAAACAAUCAAAUCUGAAGAAGGCCUUAUGGUUAUACACAAAAAUGCUGAAAGUUGGAGUCACUCCCAACACCAUCACUUAUACAGUCCUUAUUAACACCUAUUGCCGAGUGGGCAGAAUGCGUGAAGCAUUUGGUUUUUACAAGAAAAUGAUAGAAAAUGGUUUGAAUCCAGAUCAUAUUUCGUUUACAUCUUUAAUAACUGGUUGUUGUCGUACUGGACACAUGAGAAGGCCUGGAAAAGCAGUUACUCCUAGUGUUGUCACUUACACUGUUCUCAUUGAUUGGUGCCGUAAACAUGGAUAUGCAGAUCAGGCGCAUAGGCUGUAUCGUGAGAUGAGAGUAAAGGGUAUUUCACCAGAUGAUAUAACUCACAGGGUUCUUCCGUGA